CAGAGCGACACCGCGAGGGCUGCGGCUGCGGCGCGGAGACACCGGAGAGCAGAGCCCCGGUCCCAGCCAUGAAGGGUGGACAUGGACGUCGACGUUGGAGUUAGAGAGCAGCUCUUCCACAACCGCGUCCGGGAGUGUCUCAUCUGCGCGCUGCUCUUCUCUGCACUCUACAUCUUCUCUUACCUGAUCCUCACCAAGUUCAAGAAGAACGCUGACUUCACCACAGACAACAAUGAGGACGCAACGGUCAACCGAAUCGCGUUGUGGAUGUGCACCUUCACCCUGGCUGCCUCGGUCAGCGCCGUGUUCCUGCUGCCCUUCUCCAUCAUCAGCAACGAGAUCCUCCUCUCCUUCCCCGAGAAUUACUACAUGCAGUGGCUGAACGGCUCGCUCGUCCACGGCUUGUGGAAUCUCGUGUUCCUCUUCUCGAACCUCUCGCUGGUUUUCCUGAUGCCUUUCGCCUACUUCUUCACUGAAUCCGAGGGAUUUGCCGGAUCGAAAAAGGGCGUUAUGGCUCGUGUUUACGAAACCUUUGUGGUUCUCUUCCUCCUGAGCCUCCUGGUGCUGGGCAUCGUUUGGGUGGCAUCAGCCAUCGUUGACAACGACUCAGCCUGCAGGGAGUCUCUGUACGAUCUCUGGGAAUAUUCCGUGCCCUACCUCUACUCCUGCAUCUCCUUAUUCGGGGUUCUCUUGCUGCUGGUGUGCACUCCUUUGGGCCUCUCCCGAAUGUUCACGGUCACUGGGCAGCUGCUGGUCAAGCCCAGGCUGUUGGAAGACUUGGACGAGCAGCUUCACUGUACGCAGUUUGAGGAGGCCGCCAUGCUGCACAAACUCAACGGUCAAACCCCCUCGUGCUGGGUGUUCCUCAACAUGGAGUCUCUGAAGACACAGUUCCUGGCUAUCCAUGCCAGGAGGUUGAAGCUGGAGAUGAGACGACGGGCAUCGCCUUGGCAGCGGAACCUGGGAUACCCUCUGGCUAUGCUGCUGCUCCUGGCUCUGACAGGUAUCUCGGUGCUGAUGGUGGGAUUCCAUGUCCUGGAGCUACUCGUUGACGAAACAGCCAUGCCUAAAGCACUACAGGCCCCUCGGUUGGGGAAGGACUCGCUGUCCAUGUUUGGAUCGUUUGGGGCCGCAGUUGAGGUGGUUCUCAUCUUUUACCUGAUGCUCUCGUCCGUCGUUGGGUUCUAUAGCUCUCCAUUGUUCGUCAAACUCGCCCCCAGGAGACAGGACACCCCCCUGACCAAAAUCAUCGGCAACUGUGUCUCGCUGCUCGUGCUCAGCUCAGCUCUGCCUGUCCUCUCUCGGACCCUCGGUAUCACUAACUUUGACUUACUCGGGGAAUUUGGGCAGUUCAACUGGUUGGGCAACUUCUACAUCGUCUUCCUGUACAACAUGCUCUUCGCCGGCCUGACUGCGAUGUGUCUGGUCAAGAAAUUCACCCGGGCCGUGCAAGCCGAGCUCCUCCACGCCUUCGGCCUGGAUAAACUGCCUUUGCCGGUUACCAGAUACUGUGUCCCAGCCAACGGGAACAAGUCCCCCAACAAAAGGAACGUGUGAUAUUGGAAGAUCUUCUGGGAGGAAUGGAAGAGCGGAGUGCGUGUGAGUGCGUGAGGUGUGGAGAGAGAGAGAGAGCGAGAGGGGAGGUGGGCGCUGAAGGAACACUGGACGGAUCAGCCUCAGGGGCGGACAUUGAUGCUGUGGCCCAAACGGUGACUGAUGCUAACGACCCCCCUCCAGACUCUCACACCCACUCCCAAACUGUCCGGGAGCCCUUAUGCUCCUCUCCCGUCCUGACCGAAGGGGGCGAGACAGCGACAGACACAGACGAGAAGACCCUCGCACCUGAGAGACGGGGCAAGAGACCCCCCCACCUCCCCGCUCCCAAACCCCCGCCCCUCAUCUUUCGAGCCAAACCCAGGAAUUUGCUCUCAACACUAGACUGAUUAUUAUGGGAUGGACCUGAGCCAAACGAAGCAGAUUCCUCAUCAAGACAGUUAAAUGUUUACGUUACUUGGAAGUGCAAUAAAUAUGGGAUGUUUGUGUGUAUGUGAUGGGGAGGGGUGGGGGGGGCAGUGGGUGGAGGUUAAUGUGAUUUUACCACCCUUCUAUUUAUGCAGUCCCCCCCCCCCCCCAGCUCCCCCGCCCUUUUUAUUUUUUUUUAAAAUCCUCUUGACCAAAAACCUUAUUUCGUCCUGAAGUUGUUCAGUUAUUUUUUUUUUUCUGUGUGUGUGUG